AUGAAUGACGAUGGGAUGGAGACGGAUGAGGAGACUGGCGGUGCAGGGACAAACAGUGGAGCAGUUGAUGACGAAGAAUUUUCCCGCAUCCUUGAUGGUGAAAGUGAGGAGAAUGAUGAUGAAGAUUCUGAUAGUGGACUGGAAGAUCCGGAAAAGGCUCUGAAGCUACAGCAGGAUUGUCAGAAAAGAAAGUGUGCUCAACAGAACUCACAAGGGACUAUACAAAAGGUCCGACGGGCUGUUGCGGGAAAAAAGCUUCCCAGUCAGUCAGGUGGAUUAUCACACUCAAUUCAAAACUUCGUCAGGUUCAUGAUGGGCAUGCCUGAAACCAUCAGUGAAUACCCAGCCGCCCCCAAUCGUUCCCAGUGGGAUCUUUGGCACCACUGGGCUGAGACUUGUUACAACAAGAUGGUGAAGCACUUGGGGGAAUACACCGAGAAGCAUAAGGAAGUCAGCAAAUCAGUCUUUAAAGAAAUGUACAAGGAUGAAGUUAGUCGCAUCCGGAAGAAUUUAUCACCUCCCGCCUUUCAAGCAGCGCCUGAUGUGUUGAACAGCGAUCUCAAUAUUCCCAUCAAUGUGAAGAAGGCAUGUGAGCAAGAGGUUCGAAAUCGCCGGUUUUGGACGUAUAACUUUUGA